ACAAGCUGACUUCAGUGGCGAAAUUUCAUUAAACAGUUUUUUUUUAUUACGCUUUGGUUAAUUCUUCACCGAAAUUAAAUGCGCCACAACGCUGUUUAGGUAUACUUUAUUGAAAGCUAGAAAGUCAGGGAACGAAACCAAAUGGACAAAAGUCGCAGAGGUAGGAUUCGUAGGAUGCCAUCGUCUGGAUCGGACAGCGAUGGCUCUACGGCUCCCCCUAGUUGUAAGAAGAAGAAGAUCAAGCAGGUUGCACAAUCCGAAUCUGAUGUGGAGGAGGAGUAUGAAAAUGUCGAAUAUCUCGAAGAGGAAAACAACAGAUCCCAGGAAGUAUCUAAUGCAACGGCGCCAAGAUCUCAAAUGUCACGGGCGCGUCAAACAAAUUCAAACACUUCACAGCGAACUUCCAGCUUUAAUCUAUCGUCCGAGCUGUCCAUUCCAAGCGCCUUUGAUCGCUGUGGCAAAGUGAUUUCAAUGCGGCUUACUAACUUCAUGUGUCACUCAAAUCUCUUCGUCGAGUUCGGCCCCAAUAUCAACUUCCUGGUGGGCAAUAAUGGCAGUGGCAAGAGCGCAGUGAUUACAGCGUUGGCUUUGGGUUUAACCAGCAGUGCGAGAGCUACCAACAGAGCCAGCAGUAUACAAAAACUAAUCAAAAACGGCGAGGCGAGUGCCACUAUUGCCAUAACCCUCUCCAAUACCGGUUUGCGGCCCUUUAAGGCGGACAUAUUUGGUCCCCAUCUCACGGUGGUGCGUCAAAUACGUCAUUCUUCUUCAACGUACGACCUCCAAGAUGCUCGCGGCAAAAGCGUUUCCAAGAAAGUUGCUGAAAUCCGGCGCAUGCUGCUCUGCUUUGGCAUCAAUGUGGAAAAUCCUAUUUUUGUGCUGAAUCAGGAAGCGGCGAGGGAGUUUCUGAAAGAAUUGGAGCCAGCUUCGAAUUACAAACUGCUGAUGAAGGCAACCCAACUCGAUGUUUGUACGAGCAGUCUGACCGAGUGCCAUGCUCAGCGUCGUCAUUUUACCCAAGACCUAGAACAACUGGAGAAGAAAAGAGAUGUCGUGGCUAAGCAAGUUGAGGCUGAAGAGGAAAAGCUGUCAAUACUUAAGGAUAAGGAAAUAGUUAAGGUAAAACUGGAGCAGUGCAAGGCAAAAUUAGCAUGGAUGGCUGUGACGCGUUUCCAAGAAGACCUCGACAACCUGGAGCAUUCAAUUAAACUAAUUGAGUCAAAGAAGGCCAAGCUUGAGCUCACCACAUCAAAAAAAGAGAGCUCGCAAGCCUCAAUGACCCAACAACUCAGCGAGUUUGAGGCUACUAAAAAUCAAAUCUUAUCGUCCUACAAAGUUCAGGAUGAAAAGCUGAGAACUGCCAAGCGGGCGGUGCAGGAUAUACUCAUAAAAAUUAGCUCAAUCAAAGCCCAAAUUGGGAACGCUGAGCGACGCAUGCGAGAGGAUCAGCACGCAUACGAUGAAUGCGUGAAGCUCAUUGGAAACUACCAUGCCGAUUUCAAGCGGGUAAAGGAACAGCGGGAGGAGCACGUCAACAAAAUGGGGGCACUAAAGAAGCAGGUUGCUGACAGCGAAGAGACUAUCGCCCGGCUUAGAGAAGAGCAACUGCAGAUAAAGCGAGACAUUACUUCGGUUCAGGAAAGGGUGGAGGCGUUAAAGAACGAACGGGUGCAGUUACACAAGUCCAAGCAGAAAAUCAGCAUGGAAAUCGAGGAGUUAUCUCGGAAUAAGUCGAAUAAACUUUCUGUGUAUGGCGAGCAAGCGAUACAGGUGGUCCAUGCGUUGCGUACUCAGUAUGCCGGCUCUAAUAUGCAUAGAAUGCCUCGUGGUCCACUGGGCCAGUACAUAAGUGCGCCGAAUCCCAAAUAUCGAGACCUUGUCGAAAACCAGCUCAUGGGUUGUCUACGAUCCUUUAUCGUCAGCUCCGACAAGGAGCGCCAGUCGCUGCGGACUUUACUGCAGAACAAGUUCCAGGGUGGAAACAUGCCCUCUAUUAUCACCAGUCCUUUUACGGAUCGUGUUUAUGACGUGUCCAGAAACAAAGUGCGACCUACUACGCCAAAUACCACAGUGUUGAUUGAUGAAAUUAGCUGUGAUGACCCGGUGGUAAUGAACUACCUUAUUGAUAUGCUUCGCAUCGAGACGGUAUUGGUGACAGAAUCAAAGGAGAUUGCUGAGUUCCUUACAUCCGACACUGAGAAUGUGCCGCCCAAUCUGACGAGGGUGCUGGUGCCGAGCUUAGGAUUGGAGUACAUACCAUCGCCCAACUAUGCCGUAUAUUCGACUAAAAUACAUCCCGCACGUUAUAUUCACAUAAAUGUGGACGAUCGUAUACGCCAGCUUCACAUGGAACAAAGAGACCUUGAAGAAAAAUAUGCUUCUUUGGAAAUGGACUACAUGCAGCACAGACAAGUGAUGGAGAAAACUCAACAUGAAAUAGCAAAGAAGGUUACAAUGAUUGGACAACAUCAAUCCAGGAAUGAGCGGGCAAUGCAGCAAAUAAUGGAGCUGGAAAACUUUGAUUACCAGGAACUUCCCGAAUAUGAUCGCUUGGAAUCUCAUUUGGCCCAAAGUGGUGAGAAAAUAGAAAAAUGCAAACAAGAACGCGAAAUGUUGGAGCAAAAGCUGAAUGAUAUUCAAGAACGCAAGUCGGAACUUGAAGCAACUGAAACGGUAGAGAGGCAAGCCCUUGCGGAAAUAAACCAUAAGCUUUCCACACUCGACACCGAAGCUCGCGAAGUCGAGUCCAAAAUCCGGAGUUUAGACCUUCACUAUGAAGAAAACACUCGAAAUUUACAAAAAACCUUGCAGUUGGAAAGGAAAAUGAUCGAAGAGAAACAAACCAUUCAGAAUGAUUUGGAACAAGCUCGCGUGGAGGCCCAAAAAGUGGGAGACUUUAUAGGCACGUCGCAGACAGAGGAGAAAAUACGCGAACUAAUUAGUCGCUACAAAUCAAAGAUCAAACAAGUGGAGCAGCUUAACUACAACCCCGAGGAGGUGGAAAGAGGGUUGAGUAAACUGCGAGACGAGCUCGGCCUUCAGGCCAGGCAUUUGGCCGUCGUGGAUUCCGUGAUUAAGAAGCUACGCAUGGCGUACCAUCAGCGGGCGCAAUUAUUUCAGAGAUCCCGCCAUCACUACUUUACAAUGGUUCAGUUUCAGUUUGAGCAAGCCUUAGCCAUGCGACAAUUUAAAGCUAGCUUUGAGACAAGUGACAAAGAUAAAACGUGGAAGAUCAAUGUAUUUCCGCCCAGCGGAAACGAGACCUCCAACGCAAGAAGUUUAUCAGGCGGUGAACGCUCGUUUACCACAGUUUCGUUGCUUAAAGGGCUUUGGAGUACUUCAGACCACCCCUUUUAUUUUCUAGACGAAUACGACGUGUUUACAGAUGAAGUAAACCGUAAGUUUAUUACGGAAAUUCUAAUCGGUGAGGGCAUGGAAUGGACGUCUCGUCAGUAUUGUUUUCUAACUCCACAGGACACUGCGGUGGAGGCCAGCAGUUUCAUUACAGUGCACAAAUUGGAGGCUCCCGAUAGAUAAAUUUUACUAAGGCAUUUAAAAACGGAAGUUGCUGGACGACAACGCAUCAGUAUAUUAUUCGUUACCCUAAUUUUAAGCAAAACUUCAAGUGACAAUUAAUGUUUUAAUUUUAAGUUCAACGCUGUUUAUUCUCUUUAAAUAAAAGUUAUUAGUUAGAAAAAAA